AUGCUCUCCACUGAUGGGCCUCGCAUUGGCAUUAUCGGUGUAGGCCAGGUCGGCGCUGCAGCCGCCAACGCGCUGAUUAUGAACUCAGUUGCGCGCGAACUCAUCCUGGUCGAUAUCAAAACUGAGCUCCGAAAUGCCCAAGUCCAAGAACUCUCCGACGUCAGCCGAAUGAGCGGACGCGCAGAAACGCGUGUCCGAGCAGGGACAUAUCACGAGGCCGGACAGUGCGACAUUAUUCUCAUCACUGCUGGUUCCAAGUUCUCUGUCGGAGAAACCAGCGUGCAACACAUGUACCGCAACCUGGGGAUUGUCCGGAGCGUGAUCCAAGCGAUGCGCCCCUUCCGAUCCGAUGCCAUACUCAUCGUCGUGUCGAAUCCUGUCGAUCUGCUGACCACACUCGCGCAGCAGCUCUCCGGUCUGCCUCGCUCGCAAGUCAUGGGGUCUGGUACCCUUCUUGACUCGGUUCGGCUGCGUGGGCUCUUGGCCAAUAAAGUUGGAGUCGCCGCGGACGCCAUUGAUAUCUAUGUCCUUGGCGUACAGGGUCUCGACGAGAUUGUGGCCUGGUCAACCGCCAGUGUGCAUGGCCUGCCACUGGCCUCCGCUGUGCCAGGGAAUACGUUCGAGCCUGUGCAGCUCACCCAUGAGUGUAAGCAGAUCUCUCAGGCCAUUAUCAAGGCCAAGGGGGCAAUGCCCCUUGGAAUUGGCGCUAUCAUCUCCAUGAUCUGUUUAUCUAUCCUCGGUGACCAGCGGCAUGUCCUCCCCAUCAGCCAUUUUCAAGAGGAGUUUGGCUGUUGUUUCAGUUUGCCAGUGGUCUUGGGACGGAAGGGAAUUCUCAGAACGAUUUCUAUGCCUGUCAAUGGGGAGGAGUGGGAUGGAAUCGUCAAGUCAGCCGCAGCCUUGAAUGAGACAAUUGAGCAUGUGAAUGAGUGA